AUGUACAGUGAUGCCACAACAACAACAAUAAACGGGUAUGCAGUGCCUGUACCGCUGACAAAUGGUGGAUGUACAACGAUGCUCUCUGUCAUUGAUGCCCUUGAAGAACUUAACCGAACGAGUGAACGUGUUUUUGGUAAUAUUGAAUCUGCGGUGCAGAAGUCAUGUGAAACGCUAGAAGAACUUCAGUCACGUAUUGAGACAUGUGCCACACGUGUUGAGCAACUGCAGGGUCGUCGUGAAGCGAUGGUAGUGAAGAGUAAAGCUCGUUUUCCAACCCGUCGGCAUCGCACUAUACCACUCGUGCAAGCUCCGUGGGAAUUACGAGGAAAAUUCAUUCGACACUCUCAACAUGUUGUACCCGCGUUACUUCCUCCUGGAACAUCGGACAGCGAUUCAGAAGUUUCGCAAAGAGAUGAAGACGAAUCUAGUUGCGGUAGUAAUGAAAAAGAACACCAGCAACGACGUGGUGAUUUAGAGCGGGUAAAUUUCUAUCAAAGACCCAUACGACGUCUUGAAGGAACAGCGGAGGAGCAGCGACCGAUAAAACCACAACAUCCACUGCAGCGUGCAGAGUUAGUUGGUGUAAUGCCGUUGACGGCGACAUGGCGAUAUCAUAGCGGUGUGGAUAGGGGACUGGGGAGGCUCCCACAAAAUCUUACUAGUGUAAGUUCACUAUUACUUUUCAACACUCGUGAAAACCUCUACAAGGAGUAUCAUGAACUUGAUAUAUUGACACAGCAACGACAAGAACGUAUUGUGGCUACUAAACGACGACUUGGUGAAGCUGCAGAUGUACAUCGUGAUUACAUGACACGAUUUUCAUCGGAUGAGUACGCCUUUGUUCCACUUAUGGAGGAGGUGGCAAACCUUAUGGAGGACCUUCCCGAGGAUCUACCACUAGAAGGUAUUGCCGAAGUUGCUUGGCACGCAUACACACUAGAGGAUGCUGAUAACAUCGCUCCCAGUUGGCAGCGACGACUAGGUGAAGGAAGUGAUGUGGCUACAGAUAACGGGGCUCCAUCACGUGCUGGAACUCAUCAUCAACGACAACAACAACAACAGAGACUAACCAUAACCUCUAGCCCAGCAGUUCCAUCUGCAAAGCCACAACCCCCCGGUGCCAUCUCAUCUGUUGGUGUUCUUACAGUCCCACCACCACCGCCAGGGUUAAUACCCGGAGGUAAAGCACCACCACCUCCUCCUCCUCCUCCUCCUGGUUUUAAAAACCCGAACGGCCCAUCAGCACCACCUCCACCACCACCACGGAAGAACUUAGGCGCACCACCUCCUCCUCCUCCUCCUCCACCUCCAGCACCACCGUCGAUGGCACAAAGAAUGAUACCACCACCACCAACAACAACAACAAGAAACGCCCCACCACCGCCACCGACAGCACAACUGGCAAAGAGCGCCCCGAUGCUCGGGAAUCCUCCUCCCGCCCCACCUCCACCUCCACCUCCUCCUCCUCCACCGCCAGCAAUGAAAUCGGCUACUGUGAAAACAGUGCCCAAAAACGAGAAUCGACCGGUGCAAAAGGCGGCUACAAAGAGUAACUUGGACGCUUUGUCGUCUCUUCUUGCGAAUCGUCGUAAAGGUAUUCUUGGGAUGCACUCAGAUGACGAUGAUGACACUCCUCCAUCUUCUCCUUUAAGGGUAACAAAGACUGCUAAAGAAACACCGUCACAGUCCGUUCCAAAGACGAUGACGGGAGCGCCUCCACCACCACAACCACCCCCUCCUCCUCCAGUUCCUGGUAAGUUACCCCCGUUGCAGGUCCCUGAUGAUGAUGAUGAUUGGUAG